AGAUCUCUAGAACCUUCUCUUCUUCACAGGGCCACAAAUGGCGGGUGCUUUUGCUGUGCGUUUCUCGAAGUGCUCUCCGCUUCGAAAUCCUCUCUCUGGAGCCCUAGCUCUCCGGCGCCGGAGCUCUCGCGCAUCUCUCGAAAUCCUAGCUCCUCGAUCUUUGAUCUCCUCCCAAUUGGAGCGAGGAACCAGAGUUGGUAUUGCUAGGGCUUCAAUUUCAACCUCGGCGAUUGGCGGACGUACUGAGAGGAAGGCUGAGAUGGAUCUCUUCCAGAUAUCACCUUCCAGCGUGCUCAAGCUCCAGAGAGGGGACAUCACCAAGUGGCUUGUUAAUGGUUCCACUGAUGCCAUAGUGAAUGCAGCUAAUGAAAGGCUACAGAGAGGGGGCGGUGUAGAUGGAGCUAUACAUAGAGCUGCUGGGGCAGGACUUCAAGCUGCAUGCUUAGAAAUUCCAGAGGUUCAGCCUGGAGUUCGCUGUCCCACUGGUGAAGCAAGAAUAACUCCGGCUUUUCAGCUGCCUGUGUCUCAAAUAAUACACACUGUAGGUCCCAUUUAUGAUGCUCAUCGCCAUCCUGAGAUUUUAUUAAGGAAUGCAUAUAGAAAUAGCUUGCAGCUUGCUAAAGAGAACAACAUUGAGUAUAUUGCUUUCCCUUCCAUAUCAUGCGGUGUCUUUGGCUAUCCAUUUGAUGAGGCUUCAAAUGUUGCUAUCUCCACUAUCAAGGAGUUUUCAGAUAACUUUAAAGAGGUUCAUUUUGUUCUGUUUGAAGAUGGAGUAUACAAUGCCUGGCUUGAAAGUGCUCGCAAGUUGCUGUAGGAAGCUACCAAUAUGGAUAACUGUUUUGUUAUUUUGCCCACCUUUGUUUUUUCAUCAGACAUUGAUGCCAAUAUGAAACUUUGAACUCUUCUGUAGCUGCAUGCAAGUUUAGAGCUCUUGCAUCUGAAAAGCUAAUGUUUGUAGAAAAAAGAGCUUUUGGUAUGCGCCAUACUUGAGAGUUUUUAUUCA